GUUUACCAUUAAUUGUCAACAUUGUCAAAAAAUGUUUAAAAUGAGCUAUUAUAUGAUAAAAAUGUGCAAUUAACAGGAAAAUUAAUUAACUGUUCCAAUUUCAUUUGAUAACGUUUACAUUGCACUGUAAAUAGUUCAAUAUGGAUUGCAGACCCGUAGGAAAGACAGCGGCAGUAGAUGAAAGUGUUCCUGACAGAAUUCAUUGUAUUUGGCAUGUAGAUACUAAAUAUUAUACGGCUGAUAUCAAUAUUUUUGGAAUAACCGAAAAGUUUUUAAGAACAGACGAAUUCAAUAACACCAUUCAUGCUGUCAUUGUUCAUAUGGACAGUAAUAAGGAGUGUGGACUUGAAGAUUUAAAAAAAUUGGAAGAUUUGUUUAAUGAAUGUAAUCCUGAAGUAAAAUUAUUGGUAUGUAAUUAUAUAACUGAAGAAAGUCAGGUUCCAAAAACUAAAGCAUUAGGAUGGUGUUUGAAAAAUAGUUUUGAAUUAAUUGAAUUGUAUCCUAAUAAUAGUGAGUGCACAGAUUUGGGUGGUGAUAUAUUCAAAGAAAAAGUAGGUGUUGAUAGAAUUAUAGAAUCUCUGCAAACAUACGUUUGGCCUAAUUUAAUUAUGAAAAGUGAGAAGUUACAAGGCAGUUGUAAUAUAGCAAAUGUAACAAAGCAAGAAGAUUCUCCAUCUGUAUGUAAUAUAAUUGGACCAGAUGAUAUGGACGAUUUUAGUGAACUAUUUUCACACCUUCAGAUGAUGAAAGAAAGCAUUAAAGGAAUGCCAAUGAAUCAACGUAAACAAUGUGCAGAGCAAAUGGUAACAGCAUUUUGGAAAGCAAUUGGUGGUGAAGAUGACGAAUUAGAAGAAUUAGAUCAAGUAAUUAGUUAAAUAUUUUUUUGGUGUAAAUAUGAUUAUUUUUAUUUCAAUAAAUAGAUUAUAAUCUUU